GUUUCCCUCCAUGGUUUCUCCUCUCCGCGAGUAACUUGGCGUUUGACUCAGUUCAUUUUAGUUCCCAUUUUCUCCCUCCAUUGGGGCAUCUCUCUGCCUUUUGGAUUGAAUUUUUUUUUUAAAAAUCCACCAAAACCCAAGAGGGGAAAAAACUUUUAAAGGGGAAGAUGGACAUGAAAAAGAGGAUUCAAUUGGAGCUUAGAAACAGGCCACAGUCUGAUGUACGAGAACUAGUCCUGGACAACUGCAGGUCCAACGAAGGGAAGAUCGAAGGCCUCACCGCAGAAUUUGUGAAUCUUGAAUUUCUCAGCUUGAUAAAUGUUGGCUUGAUGUCAGUUUCCAACCUUCCCAAGCUUGGAAAAUUGAAAAAGUUGGAGCUCAGCGACAACAGAAUUUCCGGUGGCCUUGAUGCUUUAGCAGAGAAACUGCCAAACCUCACGCAUCUAAACCUGAGUGGGAAUAAGCUGAAAGACAUCAGCACGCUGGAACCUUUGAAAAAACUGGAGAACUUGAAGAGCCUGGACCUGUUCAACUGUGAGGUGACGAACCUGAACGACUACCGGGAGAGCGUGUUCAAGCUCCUGCCUCGGCUCACGUACCUGGACGGCUACGACAUGGAGGACAGGGAAGCGUCCGACUCGGACGGGGAAGCGGAUGGGGUCGACGACGACGAUGACGAAGAGGGAGAGGAUGAGGAGGAUGAAGAUGGAGAGGAGGAAGAUUUUGACGAGGAGGAUGAUGACGAUGAUGAUGAGGAGGAAGUAGAAGGGGAGGGGGGGGAUGAAGAUGAUGAUGUGAGUGGGGAGGAUGAGGUGGAAGACUUUGGCCCGGACGGAGGGGUUGAUGAUGACGAUGAUGACGACGAUGACGAUGAUGAUGAGGACGAAGAAGAAGAGGAGUCUGGGAAGGGCGAAAAGAGAAAGCGUGAAGCUGAGGACGAAGAUGACGACGACGACGAAGACGAGGAUUAAAAGCGAUCGAACGUCCAAUUGGUUACCGACCCCCUCCGUUCCCUGCCCCCCCCCCCCCCCCCACCCCCCACCAUCCUCAGGCCUCUGUCCCCUACUGUAAGAGUGGACUGGAGUUGGGUGUGUCUCAGCUGCGUGAGCGUGAAUUUCCACACGCUCGCGCUCAAUCCUUUGUGUAAAUCCAUGUCAGGACUUCGGGGACUGGUAUCUAGUUUGGGAUCUCUGCUUUUAAUAUUUUGUUGGAUGAAUUUAUUUCUUUAUUUUUUGUUUUUUUUGUUUGUUCCCCCCUCCCCCCAUUAAGAUUAUUGCUAUAGCAACAAAGGGCAACAGGUGAGCCAUGGUUCUUUCUCCCCCUCCCCCCCCCCCCAUGGUUUCCUGUUGCACAAAUCAAGGUUGUAGCUACACUUUUUACUUUCUGUAAGUCGACAAACCUUUGUAAAUAAAAUCUUAACAUUUUGCGCCUCGCUCUCCCUGCUAUGAUUUCCUUCCUGUGGAAUUCCUGUGUCCGAGGGUUCCGGAACUAAUUGUAUCGGUAACCACGGCAGCACGUCCUUGUGUAAUGAAGCGAGUGGGAGGAGUUUAUAAUAACCGACGAUUCGCAAUAACCCCUUUUUCAAAAUCAAGGGAAAAAUCUAAUUGUACUUUUCCCCUUUUCUUGCCUCUUUACGCCCCCAUGCUCUGUGUGUGUGUCGAUUUACAUGUUAUUUUGCUAAAGAAAUGACACAAAAGAUGACAGUGCAAACCAACACGUUUUGUGUCGUGUGCAUUUGAGCUGUGUGCAUUUGUUUUGUGUAUUUGAGUUGCGUACAUCGUUUAUAAGUCAAUAAAAUGAACGUUUAAAAUGCC